AUGCCAGCUAUAACGCGCAGCGGCAAGACGACGGCCGCGACCUCUAGUACCCGCCCGACGCUGCGCUCGGCGUCGCGAAGCACCGCGGCCCUACGCGCGAGUUCUUCGCAGAAGCGGCGUGGCUCGCGCGCAGCCAAAGCUGCUGCUGUCGCUGCUUUAACAGCUACGCGCAAGAGGCCUUCACACGCGCGCACUCGGGCGCAGUCACACGCACCGGCGCAGCCGAAAUCGCUGAAGAAGAGAAGCACAGAUACGACGACGACGACCAGUGCCGCCGCUACCGCAGACGCAAGCACCACCGCCGCGGACAGCACACCGGCGCCCCCGACCACCCCAGACUCCUCCCCCGACUCCUCCCCCCCACAACACCACUCGCACUCCCCGCGCUGCCCGCCCGCGCCGCCACCAUCGCCUUCCGCGCGCCCGCCCUCCCCCUCCCCCCAAGCUGCGUGGGUGCACCGCCACUGGAAGCGCAUGCUGCUCGCCGCGGCCGCGGAUGACGUUUUCGCUGCGUCGGCGGGGUGGGGCAGCGCGCCGCUGGACGUCGAGAGAGAGCUUAUGGCUGAGAUGAUGGAGGACGCGUCGCCGCCGCAGAGGGUUGGUGAGGCGCGGUAUUCGGUGCUGGGGCGCGCGCUGACGACGCUCUACAACGACAUUGCCCGCGAGCGCGGGGAGGAUUACGUCAGGCGCUGCGUGCCGCGGUGGAGGAGGGCGCGGCCCUGGGUCCUGCAAGGCUGGGGCAUCGAGCUCUUGCAUGUGGAUCCGGUGGCUGCGAGGGCCGAGCAGGAAAGACGCAGGCAAGUGAGGGAGGGGAGUGCUGCUGGUGAUGGAGAGGAGGAAGAAGAUGAUGAAGAAGAUGAGAACGACGGGUAG